AUGAUCGCCUCGUUUCUGACACCGCCUCUCCUGCUUUGCGCGGGGUUGGCUUAUCUGGUUGGCAGUAUCCCCUUCGGCCUGCUGAUCAGCCACCUCGGCGGGGCGGGCGAUAUCCGCAAGAUCGGGUCUGGCAAUAUUGGCGCGACCAAUGUGCUGCGCACCGGACGCAAGGGUCUGGCCGCAGCCACGCUGCUGCUCGACGCGUUCAAGGGCGCCCUUGCGGUUCUGAUGGUGCGUCUAUUGCUCGAUGCCGAUCUGCAAACCGGCAUGGCCAUUGCCGGCAUCAGCGUCGUGAUCGGCCAUUGCUUUCCGGUCUGGCUGGGGUUUCGUGGCGGCAAGGGUGUCGCGACCGGGCUGGGCGUGCUUUUCGCCCUGUGCUGGCCGGUAGGCAUUGCCUGCUGUAUCGUCUGGCUUGCGGUGGCAAAGCUCUCGCAUAUCUCGUCUGCCGGUGCCCUUGCGGCUUUUGCGGUGGCGCCUUUCCUGAUGCCGCCGCUCAGCGAGCAGCCGGUCCAUAGCCCGUUGCCCAUUGCCACGCUGCUUCUCACGCUCAUCAUCCUGCUGCGCCAUACCAGCAACAUCAAACGCCUGCUUCUGGGACGGGAAUCACGGAUCAAUAUCGACCCGCCCCCGCAAAAGAAGCGGGAAAUCUGA